AUGGAAGGAGGACUUUUCUCUGCUCACAAGCCUACUUUUCUUCUUCUUCUCCUUCAUAUUUUCCUGCUUGCUUUGCUUCCAUUCAAGGCCAUUUCAUCCCCAAAAACACAGGCAGAAGCUUUGGUACGUUGGAAGAACACCUUUUAUGAUGCACCACCUUCUCUCACUUUAUGGUCCCUCACUAACCUCAACGAUCUUUGCAACUCAUGGGCUGCCAUUGUUUGUGACCAGAGCAGCAAACAAGUUUCCCAAAUUGACCUUUCCAACUUCAACAUCGCUGCAACACUAGCCCAUUUCAACUUCACCCCAUUUCUCAAUCUCACCCAAUUCAACCUAUCUGGCAACUAUUUCACAGGGCCUGUGCCAUCUGCCAUUGGCAAACUCUCCAAGCUCACAACUUUGGACUUGGCUUGGAAUUCCCUUGAAGGGCCAAUUCCAUCCUCCAUAGGCCAACUCAGGGAGCUUAAAUACCUUGAUCUUAGAGAGAAUUCCUUAAAUUCUUCAAUCCCGUCUGAGCUUGGUCUUUGUACCAAACUCACCUACUUGGCCCUGUCUUCCAAUCACCUUGAAGGGAAAAUUCCGCCUUCUAUAGGCCAACUCAGAGAGCUCCAGCACCUUGAUCUUAGUAAUAAUUUUUUAAAUUCUUCAAUCCCUUCUGAGCUUGGUCUUUGUACCAACCUCACCGACUUGGACCUGACUUCCAAUCACCUUGAAGGGAAAAUUCCGCCUUCUAUAGGCCAACUCAGAGAGCUCCAGCACCUUGAUCUUAGUAAUAAUUUUUUAAAUUCUUCAAUCCCUUCAGAGCUUGGUUUUUGUACCAGCCUCACCUACUUGAACCUGACUUCCAAUCACCUUGAAGGGAAAAUUCCACCUUCUAUAGGCCAACUCAGAGGGCUUCUGUACCUUGAUCUUAGUAACAAUUCCUUAAAUUCUUCAAUCCCUUCUGAGCUUGGUUUUUGUCCCAGCCUCACCUACUUGACCCUGGCUUCCAAUAAACUCAAUGGGGAACUGCCUCUGUCCUUGUCCAAUCUGACCAACAUCAUCGAUCUGAGUUUAUUUGCUAAUCGGUUUACCGGUCCACUCUUGCCUUCUCUGCUCUCCAAUUGGACCGAAGUGGUCUCUUUGCAACUUCAACACAACAGCUUUAGUGGGAAUAUUCCACCAGAAAUUGGACUGUUGAGAAAACUCGAUGUGCUUUAUCUGAAUGAUAAUAAGUUCUCUGCCUCAAUUCCGUCAGAUAUAGGAAGAUUAUCAGAUUUGACAAGCUUGGAUCUUUCGAGAAACCACCUCUCUGGGUCAAUUCCUCCAACACUAUGGAACCUUCCACAUAUUCAGAGCGUAAAUCUUUCCAACAACAAUCUCAAUGGCCUAUUCCCGCUAGAUAUUUGCUUCCUAUACCAGGAGAAUUUGGAUUUGUCUAAUAACAAUUUCACACAGGAAAUCCAAAAAGCCCUCGACAAAACUAGUACUUUUGUUGGAAACUCUGACUUGUGUAGAGAUGCGCGCAAUUCCAAAAAAAAUAACAACGAAGUUAUAAUUGGUGUCCUUGUACCUGUUUGUGGUUUAUCAGUGGUUGCAACUACAAUUGCUCUGAUUCUUAUGUUCCAUAAGAAAACCAAGCGUGUUCUUAAGAAAAUCAAUAGUGCUCAAAACUUUGAGAAUUUUGAGUCAAUGAUAUUGCAAGAAGAAGUAAAAUUUACGUUUGAGGAAGUUGUAAAGGCCGUAGACGAUUUUCAUGAAAAGUACUGUAUUGGAAAAGGAGGAUUUGGAAGAGUAUACAAGGCAGAGUUGCUAUCAGGUCAAGUUGUCGCUGUUAAGAGGCUUAACAUGUCAGACUCUAACGACAUUCCAGCAAUCAAUCUCCAAAGUUUUGAGAAUGAGAUCCGAACUCUGACAAAUAUCCGGCAUAGGAACAUCAUUCGGCUAUAUGGGUUCUGUUCAAGGAGGGGAUGCAUCUUCUUGCUCUAUGAAUAUUUAGAGAGAGGCAGCCUGGGAAAGGCAUUGUAUGGGGUUGAUGGGGUAAUUGAACUUGGAUGGGCUACAAGGGUCAAAGUUGUGAAAGGAUUAGCUCAUGCACUUUCUUACUUGCACCACGACUGCUCUCCACCAAUUGUGCACCGUGAUGUAACUGUCAACAAUGUGUUGCUCGAGUCAGAUUUCGAAGCCCGACUUUCUGAUUUUGGAACAGCAAGACUGAUUAGUGCCAAUUCAUCCAACUGGACCCAUAUUGUUGGCUCAUUUGGCUACAUGGCACCAGAGCUUGCAUUGACAAUGCGAGUCACGGAUAAGUGUGAUGUGUAUAGGUUUGGAGUGGUGGCGCUGGAAGUUAUGAUGGGAAGGCACCCAGGGGAUCUGCUAGAAUCCCAGCUAUCAGAAUCAUCAAAAUCAAUGAAGGAGGACAAUGCAGAGUUGUUUUGA